AUGGUGAUUAUGCUCAAAAUCCUUCUUCUGGGGCUCGGCACAUUCCAGGCUGUGUCGGCGGAAAAGCCUAGUUACACAGAGCUCUACCGUCCUCAGUAUCACUUCACUCCUCCCAAAAACUGGAUGAACGACCCCAAUGGCCUCUUGUAUCACAAGGGUAUCUACCACCUUUUCUACCAGUACAACCCAGGCGGAACGACGUGGGGUGCCAUGUCAUGGGGUCAUGCCACCACGCGGGACUUAACUCAUUGGGAGCAACAGCCGAUCGCCCUCCUCGCCCGUGGCUACCCUAACAACAUCACUGAGAUGUUUUUCUCCGGAUCUGCCGUGGCUGAUGUUGACAACACAAGUGGUUUCGGCCACAGUGGCAAGACGCCAUUGGUUGCCAUGUAUACUUCCUAUUAUCCUUACGCACAAACUAUGCCAAGCGGGAAGACGGUCCAAGCAAAUCAGCAAGCCCAGUCCAUUGCCUAUAGUCUGGACGAUGGCAUGACUUGGACCACGUAUGAUGCGGCGAACCCAGUAAUUUUGGACCCUCCCGCCCCAUAUUCAGAUCAGUUCCUCGACUUCCGUGAUCCCAAUAUCUUCUGGCACAAACCGACGAAGAAGUGGAUUGCUGUGCUCUCUUUGGCUAAACUCCACAAGCUCCUGAUUUACACAUCUAAAGACCUUAAGAACUGGUCUCUUGCGAGUGAAUUCGGGCCCGUGAAUGCCAUCGGCGGGGUGUGGGAAUGUCCAAAUUUCAUCCCACUGUCUGUCGAUGGUGACGACAACAACGUGAAAUGGAUUGCAAUGAUCGGACUUAACCCUGGCGGACCCCCUGGAACUAUCGGCUCGGGCAGUCAAUAUGUUGUUGGAAACUUCGACGGAACCACUUUCACCGCCGACGCCGACAGUUUAUUUUCAGGGACCACCCCUCCGCCAAGCGACAGCAUCGUUCUUGCAGACUUUGAAGGUACGGGAACCUUUGCCGAUCAUGGUUGGACCCCUGCUGGAGAUUUGAUCGGCCAGUCACCAGCUAACGGCACCCUGCCUGGACAAAACCCUGUGACCGGCUACUUGGGUAAGCGCCUCGUCAAUACAUUCCUGAACGGGGAUGCCACGACUGGAACACUCACGUCUAAAUCCUUCACAAUCUCUACGAGGUACAUCAACUUCCUCAUCGGCGGCGGCCAUGACUCCAAUAACACAGCCGUGCACUUGAAGGUGGAUGGCCAAAUAGUGCGUUCCGCUACGGGCACCAACAGCGAGAGCCUCUCCUGGCAGAGUUGGGAUGUCAGCUCGCUGCUGAACCAGACUGCCGUGAUUGAGAUUGUUGACACCGCAACCGGCGGCUGGGGCCAUAUAAAUGUCGACGAAAUUUCCUUCUCGGACUCCAUGGCGCGAAGCCAAGUGGCGAACUGGGUAGACUGGGGCCCGGACUUCUAUGCGGCCCAGGGCUACAAUGGACUAUCUUCAGACGAGCACAUCGCUAUUGGGUGGAUGAGCAAUUGGCAAUACGGUGGUCUGAUCCCUACUAGCCCGUGGCGCAGUGCAAUGUCGAUCCCCCGAGAAUUCUCACUGAAGACGAUCGAUGGAAAGGCUACUCUGGUGCAGGCCCCUACGGAGAAUUGGGGCUCCAUCGUGAGCCGCAAGGGCCUCGAUCGGUCCUGGUCUUCCGUGAAUGAAGGCACAAAGUCACUAGGCUCCGUUGGAAAGGCACUGCAGAUUAGACUAAGUUUCUCUGACCGAGAACCAGCUACCGCGGGAUCUUCUCAGUUCGGAAUCAUUGUUCGGGCUACCCCAGACCUCAAACAACAGACACGAGUUGGCUACGACUUCGUUACCAAGGAAAUAUUCGUCGAUCGGAGCCAGUCUGGCAAUGUUUCAUUUGACGGCACAUUUCCAGCCACGUAUUACGCUCCCCUGGCUGCCAAUGCCGGAGGUCAAAUAAACCUACUGAUUUAUGUGGACUGGUCUAGUGUUGAGGUCUUCGGAGGCCAGGGCGAAACUACAAUGACCAUCCAGAUAUUCCCGAGCGAUGGUGCAACCUACGCUCAGAUUUUCUCCACGGGAGGAAACACCCAGAAUGUCCGAAUGGGAAUCAAUAAAAUUUCUUCGACGUGGGACGAUUAG